CUUGGAGGCAUCGUUCUUCUGAUGAUGUUUUGUGCUCUACUUCUAUCGUUCUUAGUGAUGAGAAACGUUAAUGGCCUGUACAAUUUAACAAGCACUUUCUAGAAGGGUGGAUCGAUUGAGAAAGCACAUGAGGAGAUGCAAGAAGGGAGUUAAAAAAUCUUUAUCUUAGAGUAACCAAAAAGACGCAAAACAAGUAGGGGGAAAAACUACUAAUCAAUAAUUGGGGUUUUUAGUUUCUGCUCUUCAAACUGCUAAGAUGAAAGAAGGACGCAUGCAAUAAUUAAGUUAUAUGUCGUAGGCCUCAAAAGAUACCUCCAGAACAGGUAAAUGAAUGAAUGAGUUAAAACUCAUUUACUUAUAAUACAUACAACAAGUAUCUCGUCGGUUAACUUUGCUCGUCUGUUAAGUUCUCUUUUAAUUUCUUAAAACUUUUCACUGUCUCGUCGAGGAAUAAUAGACUGAAUAAGUUGUACUUAUAUGAAAAGUAAUAAGUGCAAAGUUCUUGUCUCUUCUUAGUUUUUGUGGGUAGAUCCACAAACAAAUGUGUCAAAAGGAGAAUAACACGCGUCAACUUUUGCUGCAGUAGUCAAAUUCUAACUAAUCAAGUUCACAUAACUUAAGUUGUCCAGGAAUUAUCUAAUUAUAGUUUUCAAUUUCAAAGGAAGUGACUCACUGCCAGAAAGGAUCGCGCGGUAGCGAUUAAUGCAAUACCGCUAGUUAGGCCCAUGCACUCAUUCGCUCACUCUAAAGUUUCCAAGCUCCAUUCUCUUUCAAAAUGGUUUCCGUCUACUAUGAUGACGUCCUUUGGAAUAACAAAAAAGUCUUAAUAUAGUACAGCGGAGUAAGUAUUUCUUGGAAGGAACCUGAAGUUUUUUACUGUAGUUGGAAAAGGGAGGAGAAGAACUACAUCAACAUUCUCGAAGAUCGCUACAAUUACAACAAAGACAAACGAAUCAGUUGUAGUACAACAGCUCUUGGAGGUAGACAAC